AUGUCGACACGUCAAAUCUCCAAGAGCAUCCCCACCACCAAGGACGUGGAGCCUCUGCUGGAGAUCGAUGGAGACAUCCGCAGCUUCGAGGUGUUCCUUUCCUCCCGGACGCCUGUUCUCACCGCCAGAGAUGUGGAGAUGUUCCUGCCCUGCACCGUCAACCUGGACCCCAAACUCAGGGAGAUCAUAGCAGAUGUCCGUGCGGCCAGGGAGCAGAUGCACAUAGGAGGGGUGACCUAUCCCACGCUGCCCCUGCAAGAGGCAGUGCCCCGUCCCCAGUCAGGUUACGGCCAGCACUCAGCCGCCUGCUCCCCGACAGGCUCCUUUGCCGGAUCCCUGCCUCCUCAGCCCCACAGUGCCUACUUCAGUGGAAUGACCGGCCCUCAGCACCCCUUCUACAACCGGCCUUAUUUCCCCCAUCAUGUGUAUCACCUGCCACGGCAUUACCCCCACCAUGUCCCCUCAUCCUCGCGCCCUCCCAUUAAACCACCCGGUCAACCCCAGGACGCCAAUGGACUUGAUGUUAUUGCAGAGGAUGCCAGAGAAGGCCUCCCCUCGUGUCCCUCUGACCCCACCAUGAUCUGUCCCGCAGUCCUGCUCAGCUCCCUGAACACGGAUGCGGUGUGCGAGCGUCUCAGACAGAUUGAUGGACUCGACCCCAACAUGCUGUCUCAGUACAACUCCACCAUCAAGAAGGCUAAUAUAAAUGGCCGGGUGCUUACUCACUGCAACCUGGACGAGCUGAAGAAAGAGAUGGAGAUGAACUUUGGCGACUGGCAGCUCUUCAGGGGGAUGGUGAUUGAGCAGCGGCAUGCCGAAAGCCAGGCGGUGCUCCAGGAUGAAUCCCGCGCUGCUAGCGAGCAGGGCAGCAGCGUGCACCACGGGGAGCCCAGCAGACGCUCAGGAGGAGCCCAGCACGAAGCGGCGACCUUCAGCCUCAACCUCAGCUUCGAGGAGCUCAGCGGAGUGGGGCUGGAGGAGCCUCCGAGACGCAACAGCAACUCACACUCACACUGGCCGGUGGCAAAUCACCGCACUUCAAGCAUGUCCAGCCUAAACUCCCAGGAAUCCUCUAAUGACAUCUGCAAGCUGACAGACAAGCAGCAGGCUGAGUAUCGUGAUGCCUACAGGGAGUACAUCGCUCAGAUGGCCCAGCUGGAGAUGUCCGGCAGUGGGGGAGAGCGGCCCGUCCAGCCCCACCCCGGACAGUUCCUUCAGGCUGCCAGCUCAGAGGACAAAGGGGUGGGUGGACAGUCACAAGCCAAGGAAGGAGCUGACCAAGACAGCCGCAAGUCCUUCACCAAGAGAGGCUCCAAGAGUAGCGAUGCCACAGAUUUUGCCUCAGGGACCGAUGCUCAGCCCCUAGACCCCAUCAGUGAAGAGGAUGAGAAGCUGGACCACAGCUCAUCCUCCAGGACCUCAGGCUGCAGGAAGAAGGGCGCCGGAUCAUACUACCACAAGCUGCCCAACGACGAAGACUCAGGCCCCGAAGAAGCUGACAACACCACACCUCUCCUCCACAAAGAGGCAAGAGCUGAUGCUCUGUCUCCCCACAGAGGCUCCCAGCCCACUGGGCUUUUGACCAAGCCUGGCUUCCUCAACGAAAUCCUCUUGGAUAAGAAGGACUCGUCCGAUUCAGGGAUGCGCUCCAGUGACAGCUCCUCAGACCGCUCCCUGGAGGAGGCCGAAGGAGACACCGACAGAGAGAGAGAAGCCCUGAAGCCCAGUCUGAUUGAACUGGAGCUGGAGGGCUUGGUGAAGAAGAGGGGCCUCCUCCCCAGCAGCCUGAGCGGCCUACAGGACGCCACCGUGGCCCGCAUGUCCAUCUGCUCCGAAGCUCCGUCCGAAGCCAGCCUAAUGGCCAGCAGCCCAGAUGAGGGGUGGCCGUCCAGCGGGGUCAGCAACCUCAACCGCACCGCCAGCAACACCACCCUCAACAACAACACCAGCAGCCCUACCGACACCAACACCAACACCAACAACAGCCACCAGCAGCAGGCUAACAUCACAGAGUCCAGCACCUCCCCCUCCUCCAGCAUCGUCUCGCCAGCUGUCAUCAUCACCCCUGGCAGCAGCACCGCCAACACCACGGCUGCCACCAUCCACCACAACCAGAACCUGCGCACCAUCAGCCUGGGAGACGAGCGGGAGAGCGUCCUCUGAGAAGCCAUAUGUGUUUGUUGUUCCAAGAAGGGUCGUGUAGGCUGUUGUUGUUGAUGUUGUCGGUGGCUCGGUUGUACUGCUGAUGUUGUCCCAAAGAAUUAGAGUAGAUAUCUGUGUUCUGAAAAGGUUAGUGCAUCGAAAAGAUUUAAAUAGUUGGUAGGUCAAAAACAUAAUAAUAAUAAUAAUCACCUCUAUAUAAAGGUCACAUGUUACACUUUUAAUGUUACCGAAAACAUUUAGGAUUAGUUCCUCUUAUGUUACGAAGAGUUUGAACCUCUCAUGUUUGGAUUGGACGUGUAACUUAUUUCCUAAAUGAACGUGGUGCAGUGGCGUGACGUUUGUGCGUGUUGUGCAGGAAUGCUUACAUAUUAACGUGUUACUUGAGGAAAGUUAGUGACGACGGAAAGCUCUUGUUACUGAAGCCUUGUGUCUCCGAAGCGUGUUGUGCUGUGUGUAGUGAAACAGAUCUGCGUAGACGGUGUCGGUAGCUUCCCCGGUAGAACAAGUUGCAUGAACUAGACUCCAAAGCGGUGUUUGUCUUUUCCAAAGUAUUUGGUGAAAGUGUUGAUCAAUAAAUGUUUGGCUGUGCUGGACCCUUGAAA